AUGUCAUUUCCUUCAUCCAUGAAGUUUUCAUCAAGGUCAACUAAAGCUAAAAGCGAUCCCCAUGGCACAAGGAUUGUUGUUGAAGAGCUAAUGCAGCUGUUGGGAAACUUUUUGGUGCUUUUCAUUGCCGGUGAACUGGAUUCUUGCACUGGUGUGUACGGGGUUGUGAGUCAUCCAGCUCCCUCCACUUCCCAUAAAGAUUUAAUUCUUAUUUCAAGCACUGAUUUUCCAUAUGCAGAUACACUCCUAUUACUAGUUUGGCAUAGGUUUCUGAUAUUGCUACUUUCUAGAUGGUUACUUGCCUUUCUUUGGGAGGCCCUGGAAUUUGUUGGUUGCUGA